AUGGCGAAACCCUGGGAUGUGGAUGCUGCGGCCCCCGGGUCGCUGACAUCCAUGGGCGUGCUGGUUCGUUGGCUCCGAACUCCUGGCAACUACAAGCGCUGGGAAACGCAGCCAAAGAAGCCGCUGGUUGAAGAGAUUGUCGCUGCACUUAAGAAGGAGAGGACUUCGCCUCGUUCGCCCUCGUCCGUCCGCCACAAGAUUUUCAAGCUACAGCACCAAUUCGAGACGGCGACUAUCUGGCUGAAGAGUGAAGGACAACUCGCGCAGUUCUGCAGCGGCGGAGCUGACGACGUAGUGAAGGAGAAAUGUCCUCUCUACCUCGAGUUGAUGCCCGUCUUCCAGGUCGAUGACGCGGAACCCAGCAACAACAGUGAUGGAGCUAAUGUUUCGGACCGAAGUAGUGGCGAAGUGGAUGCUGCAGGGGUCGAGGAGGAAGUGCAACCCGCGAAGUUGACGGCCAAAGGCAAACGGAAGACGACGCCCAACGUGAAAGCCCAGCAGUCAAGCGCGACCAAGCGGAAAACGAAAGGAUCACAAGCGCAACCGGUGAUUGUGGAGCAGGCGGUGGUGGACGCAAUGGAGACGAACUCCCCCGAGCAGCAGCAGCAGCAGACUGUUUUUCCGGCCGAGAGAUCGCUGGCGCUGACCGAGUUUCAAAGGCGAAGCGAGUCUCGAUGGAUCGAGUACUCUGGGGCGGAACUCGCGCCUCGUUUCGACGAGAUCAGGUCUCAGCGACUGCUAGACCGCGAGAUCGAGCGCGUUGACGCCCUAGCCAAGGUGCAGCUCGAGGCUGAGGCUAAACGGCAGGAGCUUCACACCAGAUGCACGAAUGCGCUUGAACGCCAACGCCUGCGGAAUGCAGGCCUGUCGGAAGAAGAAGUGGACGCAAUCGUCCCGAAGUGA